AUGGCGACGCGCGUGUUCUGGAACAACACCGACCCCGAUGACCCCCUCGCACGCGCCCUUCAGCCGCCCUUUGACGAAUCCUUAGAGGAGCGCGCCGUGCGCAUCCGUCAGCAGGAGGAGGCCGCACGCGUCUCGAAGGAGAUAGACGAGGAGAUUGCGGUCGCGCGCAAGGCCUAUGAGCGCCGCAAGCGCGCGAUCAAGAUUCUGUUGCUUGGCCAGGCAGAGUCGGGCAAGAGUACAACACUGAAGAACUUUCAGCUUCAGUUCUCGCCACAACACUUUGCAAAGGAACGCGCCGCUUGGAAGACUAUCAUCCAGCUCAAUCUUAUUCGGUGUAUCAAACGACUGCUCGAGGCCCUCCAAGAAGAAUGGGAGUCGUCCCUCCAGACUACGACUGCGUCCUCCAUCGCGAAAGGUAAAGGCGUCGCUGGCCGCACGCCAACAACACCCGGCGUCCGUUUCUCGACCUCGCCGCUUAACGACCACCACCGGCGCAUCCGAAUGCGCCUCUCUGCGCUUCUCCCCAUCGAGGACGAGCUCAUGCGCAAGCUACUCCCUGAUAACGUGACUGGGGGCCGCGACGUAUGCGUGCGCGCAGGCAGCGGAUGGAAGGGCGUGCUAGCCGCGCUCAGCUCGAACUCAAGUACACUCGACAUUCCACGGAAUCCGCAGCCCCCGCCGCUCGUGUCCGCGAUGAAGGGCGCAUCACGGCCAGGGACCGGGAACUCGCAGUUCAAGGACAAGGACAACCCGAGCGCGGUGCUCGCGGCGUGCAGGGACGACAUUGUGACGUUGUGGGAGGACACAGUCGUGCAAGCGGUGCUCAAGAAGCAGAACGUGCGCUUGCAGGACAUGCCUGGAUUCUUCCUGAACGAUGCAGGGCGCGUCGCUGCGAUUAAUUACGAGCCAACAGACGACGACAUCGUACGCGCGCGCGUGCGCACGCUCGGCGUCGAGGAGCACCAGUUCACGAUGGAAAACGGUGCUCUACCAGGCACAGAAUGGUACAUCUACGAUGUCGGCGGGUCGCGCAGCGUCCGUCAACACUGGAUACCGUACUUUGAUGAUGUCCAGGCGAUCAUCUUCCUCGCGCCGCUGGCGUUCAACCUCACGCUCGAGGAAGACGCGAAGGUCAACCGGCUCGAGGACUCAAUCGCGCUAUGGCGCCAAGUCUGCCAGAACCCACUGCUAUCGAAGACGACGCUAAUCCUGUUCCUCAACAAGAUGGACAUCUUGCAGGCGACGCUCGCCGCGGGCAUCCGGGUGGCGAAGUACGUUCCGAGCUAUGGCGACCAGCCGAACGACGUUCAGCAUGUCACGAAAUACUUUCGCGAUAAGUUUCGGGGAUACCAUAAACGCCUCUCGCCAAAGCCACGUCCGUUCUUCUGGCACGAGACGUCGGUCAUCGACACGCGCUCGACCGCAGCGAUCCUCGUCGGCGAUGCUUGUUUUCUUUUUCCGCGCGUUUUUUUUGCGUUCUGUCUCGCCACCGACACCGCAUCUUUGCCACUGCGCAUCGACGCGUCUUCGCAUCUCGCCGGGGCCGCGCCACUAGUCCGCGAAGGCAUCCUGCGCACGCAUUUGCAGAGCGUCAACGUUAUCUGA